AUUUCAUGAGUGUGUGUAAUGCAUCUCUCCAAAAGUAGUUCUCGGAUUCAAAUAGGUUGGUGACGCCGUAUUGACAAUUAAGUGUCAACGUACACACAAAAAAAAAAAUGAAAUCCUCAUGGCAUAUCACAUUCCGCGCAGUAGGGGGCGCGCUAGGACGAUGAGGCCAUUGGUUCUUUCCACAACACUAGAUGGCAGCAGGUUUAGUUGUAGCUUCCGGUGGCUACUUUGCUGUUGACUGUAAACACUAACCGAUGAGUGACUUUUGUGUGUUUUCCUUCAUUUUAAUGACGAAUUCGUGACAACGGCGAGAAUGUUCAUCGGUCACCAUAUGAGGACUCAGGAAGCUAAGUGGCGACGAUGAAAUGUCACGUGACCAAACAAGUGAAAAUGUGCUACCGUUAUGAUUAAAUGUCUGUCGGAAGAGGUUCGGGUGAAACUGCGUUCCGGUGUCGGCGUCCCGUCUCUUCAACAAUGCGUCGAGGAGCUCGUCCUCAACAGCCUCGACGCAGGAGCGACGUGUGUGGGCGUCCGGAUGGACCUGGAGGCGUUUAAGGUGCACGUGAUCGACAACGGCGCCGGGAUGAGCGCAGAGGACAUGGCGUGCGUGGGGAACAGAUACCACACUAGCAAAUGUCACUCACUGGGCGACCUGGACGAGCUCAGGUACUACGGCUUCAGGGGUGAGGCCAUAGCAAGUAUAGUUACUCUAGCCACGCUUGUAGAAAUCUCAUCGCGAGCCAGAAACACGGGCAGGACGCUUGUUAGGAUGUUCAAGAAUGGCAAAGGGAUGGAUGUGUUCGAAAAGGACAUUUGUCGACCCACUGCUGGCACCACAGUUGUCGUUUGUAACUUCUUCCACAACUUGCCCGUGCGCAGGAAGAGGAUGGACCUUGUCCUGGAAGGUGAGAGGAUCAGACACCGAGUUGAGGCCAUUUCUCUAAUGCACCCCUGUGUGUCCUUCACUUUGAAGAAUGACUGCACGGGAGCCAUGAUGGUGCAGCUCCCCAAAGCUAGAGACACCUAUCACAGGUUUAUCCAGAUCCACAGUCUGGCCCGAGCUCAGAAACUGGGAGAGAUCCAGCACACGCGUGGCCAGUUUGAGGUGACAGGUUACCUUGGCAGAGAGGGCCACUACAACGGUAGCUUGCAGUUCUUGUACGUGAAUGGCAGACUGCUUCUAAAGACGCGCAUACACACGCUGCUGAACUCCCUUCUACGUAGGCUUAGCAGUCCAACUCAGAGGACCGACAGCCCAGAAAAACAGUCUGCUGUCAGAAGCCCCAAGCAGAAACGCAGCCAAGACCUUCACGGAAUGUACAUCAUUAAUAUUAAAUGUUCUUUUUCGGAGUAUGAUAUUAGUCUCGAGCCUGCCAAAACCCUAAUCGAGUUCAAAGACUGGGAUGGUGUUUUGCUUUGCAUCGAAGAGUCCGUAAAAGCUUUCCUGCGCAGGGAAAACUUGGUGCUCUCCCAAGAUGACUUGCAGGAUGCAUCGCCAAGGUUGUUUAAAGUCGACAAGGCUGCGCAAGAAAACAGCAGGGCUGAUCAGAGUGUCGGUACAGCCUCCAUUUGUGCGUUUGCGCCGUCACUAGCGUCACAAUCCGUUCAUCGUAAGCAUGAGGCUCACAUUGAAUCUAAUGUGCUUGAAACUGAAAAUGAAGGACAUGUUGGUCAGACGAGCUGGGAUCCCGUCAAUGACGUUGCAGAAGAGGCUGAGCCCACGUUUCGUAAAGCUGUGAACUUUGAAAAAGAGAUCAGUUUAUCACAAACAACUGGAAAUGUCAAUUUGUAUGAAAGCAUCAAUCAAACAACUCUUGUUCCACAAGAUGCAGGGGGAGAAGAAAAGACUUUCAGAAAGAUCCGUGUGUCUUGUCCAUUCAUUCACAAAUGUCUGCAGGAGGCUUCCCAUAACACCGGAACCCAAUUUUAUCAGAAGCAUCCAAAGCACAAAAUCUCCCUUGACGCACGCCACGGUAGAGUCUCGCUGAGAACGCACAGAAACUUUUCUCAUCCCGUCCCCUCAAAGAUUCCCAAAAUCGUCGCCAAGGAAUCUGGGUCACUUGACGAGUUCCGAAGAAUUCAUGGAAAAUCUGUGGAGACGAGGGUCGCAUCGCUGGAGAGUCAGACUCUCACUCGACUACCUCCACCAAACUUUGUAGAGGAUCCCCAGAAUGGUGUUCUUUCCCAGAACCAGCAACUAAAAGAGCCCCAGGACGAGAGACAAGAUGGCCCCCAAAACUCAGCUGCUCUAUUGGGGUACACCAAACUAAAACACACUUCAGCCAAACAAUCUUUAGCAGGUAAACUUAACCACCUGAAACAAAACGGGAGAAAAGACGCAGCACCACCUCGUUGUGCUUCUCAAGAUAAAUCAAGUCUCAUUAGUAACGAAGGCUUUCAAGACGGGAAUAAUAAUGCCUGUGAGACGGUUACUAGUGUUGAACCCGGUGACGAGGGGACCACCACAACAUCUACUGACUGGCUCCAUCACUUCAAUACCGAAACGGGAAAAACCGUGUACAUCAACAAAGUGACCGGGCUCAGCAAAUACGAGGAACCACCGAUGGAAGAAACUCAGGCCCGCUGCACAUCUGAUGUCACCAACAUGGCUGUUAGUGUCGUCUCUCAAACAGGGAUGGAGUACAGGUGUUACCCGUUCCAUGCAGAGCUAGUGCUGCCCUUCCUGCCUAAAGCUGGAAGGGAAAGAGUGCUUAGUGCAGGGACAGAUGACACAGGUGACAAUGUCAAGACCUGCAACUCACUCUCGUCUUUGUACUCAAACUGGAACAACCCUGUGUUUGUGCGGCCUCCUGAGGUGGGUGUGGACAUCUCAAGUGGGCAAGCUGAUGGGCUGGCUGUAAAGAUCCACAACAUCCUGUUUCCGUACCGCUUCUCUAAAGCCAUGAUACACUCUAUGAAGGUGAUCAAUCAAGUUGAUAACAAGUUUCUUGCGUGCCUUAUCAAUACAACUGAUGAUACAGACAGUGAAGGAAAUCUUUUGGUACUGUUGGACCAACAUGCUGCACAUGAAAGAGUGCGUCUUGAAAACUUAAUAGCAGAUUCCUUUGAGGAGGAUCCAAACGCAAUCGGUGAGAGACGUCUGUGUUCAUCCACUAUUUUGCCGCCUCUGCACAUCUGUGUGACAGAAGAGGAACAAAGGUUGCUCAGGUCUUGUCAGACUCAUUUGCGGAGCUUGGGCCUGGAAGUUACGUUCUCGCAGAGGCAGAAUGACCAGGUGCUCGUAGGGAAGGUGCCUGUUUGUUUCGUGGAAAAAGAAAAUAAUGAGCUUCGGCGGAAGAGGCCAUCUGUUGUCAAGCGUGUUGUUGAGGAUUACCUUCAAGAGCAGAUGGAGUUACUCCGCUCUACCGGUAGAGUGAAAGGAACUCUACCACUCACGGUGCUGAAAGUCCUCGCCUCUCUAGCUUGCCACGGCGCCAUUAAAUUCAACGACCGGCUGAAUCGAGAUGAGUGUCACAGCCUGGUGGCGUCUUUGUCGUCCUGCCAGCUGCCCUUCCAGUGUGCCCACGGUCGCCCGUCCAUCGCUCCGCUCGUCAACGUCCUCCAUUUGGAGCCCAACCAAAAGGAACCUCAGAAACCCAACCUUGGAAAGUUAAGACGCAUGUACAAAGCAUGGGUGCUGUAUGGGAAUAGGUAAUUUGGUGGCAACCUCAUGAAAGUGUGGAUUUUUGUUUUUGUUUUAAAUAAAUGGAUUUGUAUAAAUGGAUGACUUUGUGAAAUGGUCCCUUAUAGUCUAUAGCUAAUCUAAAAUAUACAUAAAAAUAUAUAUACAUCUCAAGAGGCAGGGUACACCUUUAUAAAAAAACACGAUAUAAAAAUG